AUGGCGAUGAUCACGGCGGGGUGCCUUGUCAACGUCAGUGACUCCGUCGCGCAGAAGCUCUCGGGGUACCAGAAGAUUGAGAAGCGCAUACUCCUGCUCAAGAUGGUUGUUGGCAACAAGUUAGCUCCACUUCUGAUGAAGGAGUACAGCUCCAUAGUGGGAGCGAAAAAAGAUCUCCAAGAGCUCCAUUGUCAAGUUGUGGAGAUCAACAAUUGGUUGGAAAGCGUAGGAGGUAAAGCUGCGUGGAAUGACCCAUCAUUUAAUUGGCUCAAAGAGUUGAAAGAUAUUGCUUACAAAGUUGAUGAUAUUGGGAACUAUAAAGUUGUAGAUCCCAUCAAGCUCAACAAUUUUCAUAAACUUUUAUCUUAA